AAAAACGUUCCCGUCUGCGUUUUAUUUUUGCUGCGUUCUGCCAACAUGGCGGCGUCCAUCGCAAGUCGGUUUUCUGUCAAAUCGACUUUAGGGAUUUGGAAGCACAUGUGCAGACACUUAACUCAGGUUUCAAUUGCAGGGCUACCAAGUUUUGUGAAAAUAGUUGAAGUUGGGCCGAGAGAUGGUCUUCAAAAUGAAAAGACAAUUGUUCCAACUGAAACCAAGAUUGAGUUUGUCAAUCGUUUGUCAGAAGCUGGACUUCCCGUGAUAGAAGUUACAAGUUUUGUAUCUCCUAAAUGGGUUCCCCAGAUGGCUGACCACACUGAAGUGAUGGAGGGGAUACAUAGGCAUGAGGGAGUAGUCUACACUGUACUCACACCGAACCUCAAGGGCUUUGAUGCUGCUAUGUCGGCAAAGGCUAAUGAAGUGGCUAUAUUCGGUGCUGCCUCUGAGUCUUUCAGCAAAAAGAACAUCAACUGUUCCAUUGCUGAAAGUCUUCAGAGGUUUGAGGAGGUUACAGAGGCAGCAAAGAAACACAACAUUCCUGUGAGAGGGUAUGUUUCCUGUGUUCUGGGAUGUCCGUAUGAGAAAGAUGUUCCUCCAGAGAAAGUGGCUGAUGUUGCUAAGAGUCUGUAUGACAUGGGGUGCUAUGAGAUAUCCCUUGGGGACACCAUCGGUGUUGGAACACCCAGAGCCAUGAAGAACUUGAUAUCUACAGUCAGCAGGAAAGUCCCAGUGGACAAACUAGCUGUGCAUUGCCAUGAUACUUAUGGCCAGGCUCUGGCUAACAUCUUUGCUGCAUUACAGAUGGGAGUGAGUGUGGUGGACAGUUCAGUGUCUGGGCUGGGAGGCUGUCCGUACGCCAAGGGUGCCAGUGGAAAUGUAUCUACAGAAGAUGUGGUCUACAUGAUGAACGGAAUGGCUAUCAAAACUGGGGUCAACAUUCACAAGUUAAUUGAAGCUGGGAGUUUUAUCUCCAAUGCUCUCGGUCGGAAGUCAGGAUCCAAAGUAUCACAAGCGACAAAGUCAUGUCUAUAGCAUAUUGUAUGGUUAAAUUUAUCAUCAAGUGGGUUGUAUAGAGGAUGCUAAACAGAUGAGUGGGGAAUAUUUCCUUGGUUGAUUAAAUACAUGAUUAUUUAAAAAAAUCUUUGCUGAUUGUGAUAAUACUGUAAGGUCAGUAUGAUACCACAACUGAUGUUACGUUGAAGGAUCCGUGUAAAAAUAUUUAAACAGACGCUUUAUUGUUCUCUGACUGAUCAAACUGGCACUGAGGCCUAUACUCCGCACCAAUAUUCUUUAUAAGAAUAUUUGAACUUUACAACAUUUGGUAGAUGUUUUCUUCUGUACAACAUCAUAAUGGAUUAGUUUCCACUCUUGUAAAGAUGUUCUGUAAAAGUCAUGGAACUGAGUUAGAGUGUAUCAUGCUUUUCUAGAUCUACAAUAUGUUUUCACAUAUAUAUUGAUUUAUUUUGAUGAUAGUACAUAACUGUAGAAUAUUGACUACAUUGAAGAUUUAAGUCACUUAUAUUGACAUACUAAUGUGAUGGUUCUGUCAUGCUUGAUCAUGUUUCAAGACCAUCAUGUUGUUUAAUGUUUUUAUUAACAGACUUUUGUGUGAAAACUUUGUAUUAAACAAAGUGAAAUCAAAGAAUUAUGUUUUCUUCUUCAAAAAGGUUAUCUGAGUAUGUUGCCAAGUGUGCAGGUUGUCCGUUGUAACCUACUGUUUUGCAGUUUUACCCUUUAAGAAGAAUUACCUUCUAUUUAUAUAUUUUGGUCGGUCUUCAUUUUGUGCUAGAGUUGCUGAAAUCUGUAAACCAGUUUAAAAUGUUCAAGCACAACAUUUCUUCCUUUCUACUGAGAAGUAUAUAAUUAUUUAUUUAGGAUGACUGUAUUAUUGACCACAUGCUAAUAAUGGCAUUUGCUGUACAGCUGACAUCCCCCCUGAUGAAAGUGAACAAUGAGAAAUACCUUCAUAGGUGAGAUUUGGUGGGUUUCCUGUUUAACGCCGAACUCAGCAAUAUUCCAGCUGUAUGGCAGCGGUCUGUAACUGAUCGAGUCUGGACCAGACAAUCCAGUGAUCAAUAUCAUGAGCAUCGUUCUGCACAAAUGGGAUACGAUG